UUUCUCUCUUCACAUCACACACAUUGACGCGCCAAUUCGAAUUCAGUUCCAGAGAUUUCUUUCGCUUCGAAGAAGAUGAUCGCCUCUCUCAAAGCCGAAGAGCAGAACAUGCAGCUCGUUGAACGAGAAGACAUUGACGACGAAGUGGAUCUGUUUGAAGCGAUCGACAAGCUGAUUGCUCAGGGAAUCAAUGCCGGAGACGUGAAGAAGCUUCAAGAUGCAGGGAUCUACACCUGCAAUGGUUUGAUGAUGCACACUAAGAAGAAUUUGACGGGAAUAAAAGGUCUAUCUGAGGCUAAAGUGGACAAGAUAUGCGAAGCUGCGGAGAAGAUAGUGAAUUUCGGUUAUAUCACUGGAAGUGACGCUCUGCUCAGAAGAAAGUCAGUGGUUCGUAUUACAACCGGAAGCCAAGCCCUUGAUGAACUGCUAGGCGGCGGGAUUGAAACGCUGGCAAUAACUGAAGCCUUCGGCGAAUUCCGGUCUGGGAAAACACAGCUUGCACAUACUCUGUGUGUUUCAACACAGCUUCCUACCCACAUGCAUGGAGGGAAUGGAAAGGUUGCCUACAUUGAUACUGAAGGAACUUUCCGACCUGAUAGGAUUAUCCCGAUAGCUGAAAGAUUUGGAAUGGACCCAGGAGCUGUCCUUGAUAAUAUCAUCUAUGCUCGUGCAUACACAUACGAGCAUCAGUAUAACCUGCUCGUUGGUCUGGCUGCUAAAAUGUCUGAAGAACCAUUCAGGCUUCUGAUUGUCGAUUCAGUUAUUGCUCUGUUUAGAGUGGAUUUCACUGGAAGAGGAGAACUUGCAGAUCGCCAGCAAAAACUGGCUCAGAUGCUGUCCCGAUUAACAAAGAUCGCUGAGGAGUAUAAUGUUGCAGUAUACAUGACCAACCAAGUUAUAGCUGACCCAGGUGGAGGAGUUUUCAUAUCAGACCCAAAGAAGCCUGCGGGAGGUCACGUUCUUGCCCAUGCUGCCACAAUAAGGCUGAUGUUCAGGAAAGGAAAAGGUGAACAACGUGUCUGCAAGGUUUUUGACGCUCCAAACCUUCCUGAGGCUGAAGCAAUAUUUCAGAUAACACCAGGCGGCAUUGCAGACGCAAAGGAUUGAAGUCAGAAUCUCUUUUUGCUCCUUGUGGACAUAUAAGAUAAAAAUAGCGACUUUCAUUUUUAUGUCUACUGCAAGUUGGAUAUAAGUUGUAUGUCAGAUGUUUUUAGGUUUGAACCUUACUUUACUAGCAUAGAUGGGCUCCCUUUAUUCUGGCAUAUGAUGUGGUAUAUUUAGAAACAAUCAGUACCCUAAAGCAAUC